AUUCGCAUAACCGACAAAAAAGAAAAAAGGGUUCCCAUACAAUCAGUCGCACAGAAGAAAACCCCACGCCACUAAAACCACCGCACUCCGGCACUUCGAAUAAGCCAAACGAAAGCAAUAACCCUGAAUUUUUGUAUAUUUAUUUUUCCUCUUGGAAAAAUCAUCCUAAAGAUUAGAAAAGCCCCCGUUCGGGUUCGUUCGGCUAUUUCGUUUUGUCUCUGUAAUUAACAAUGGGAAGAGGAAAAUUCAAGGCAAAGCCCACCGGUCAACGCCACUUUUCUACUCCUGAAGAGAUGCUUGCUGGUACCUCUUCUCGUCCUCGCACUUUUAAGCGGCAAGAAGCAGAAUACAAAGAGCAAGAAGAAUCUGAGGAGGAAUCUGGACAGGAGUCUGGAGAAGAAUCUGACGAUGAAACUGAACAAAAGCGCAAGGGAACUCAAGGUGUUAUUGAGGUCAACAAUCCUAAUCUGGUGAAGCCAAAGAACUUGAAAGCUAGAGAUGUUGAUACUGGGAAAACUACUGAACUUUCGAGGCGUGAAAGGGAGGAAUUAGAAAAGCAGAGAGCCCAUGAACGUUAUAUGAGGCUGCAAGAGCAGGGGAAAACAGAACAAGCAAGGAAAGAUUUGGACCGCCUAGCCCUUAUACGUCAACAGAGAGAAGAAGCUGCCAGAAAACGAGAAGAGGAAAAGGCUGCCAAGGAGCAGAAGAAGGUAGAAGCUCGUAAAUGACUUUCCUACAAAACUUCACGUACAACAAGUGUUCAUGUGCGACCUGAAGUUUAUAUUCAACAUAUUUUUUCUUAAAAGUGUUGCUCACUACACAGACAUAUAUAUAAUUUAGACGAUAGAUUCCAUUUGGUGUCACAUAAAUUGACAAUUCUGUUGUGGUUUUUCAAGUAAAUAGAUUUUAUUAUGGACCGCAAAUUUUACUGGCUGUGAUGGAAUCAUUGUUAGUUUAAUAACCAAGGAUUCAUUGUCGAAGUA